AAAUGCUAGGGCUGUUAUCUUCUUGUUUUUGAUAACGAUUUUUCGGCUUGUUGGCUUCUCAAUUGUGUGUUGCAACAAGUCUACCAACAUCGCACAAAAAAUUGUCGGUUAAACUUUUUUCGAAGCAAAUAAACUAUGCCAUCCGCACAAGUUUCAUCUCAUCACCAGCAUGUACCUCAAGUUAAAUAAAUUCUUUAGUUGUUUUUCCUUACAAACUGGAACCAAACUGAUUGGCCUAUUCUCUUUGGCGUGCGGAUUGCUGGGAUUUAAAAUGGCUUUUAUCGAUACGCCCUAUUUAAAUCCAGUAGAUGCUAUUAUUACUCCCUUCAAAAAUGAAAUAACGACAUCACCUUAUCUAAACGGUUGGACAAUCGUUUCUUCCGUAACUAUUGUCGUUACCUUGCCUCUACUGCUUGCGGCCUGGAAGAAAAGCAAUGCGGGGUCUCUCUUACCUUGGCUCUUUGCGCAUCCGUUUUUAGUGUUUUUAGGUGUUGGCUCCCAGUUAUACGGCGGCAUUUCGUCCAUCAUUCGGGCUGACGAGCAUCCCAUUGACAGCGCCAGUUCCAUUGCCGCCAGUGUAAUCGCAUCAGGGAUCGAAUUCUACAUGUGUUUGGUGGUCUACAGCUACCGUAAAGAACUAACCGAGCAAAAAGAACGGGAAAAGCAAACAAAACGGUCAAAAACGGACGGGGAAAUCACCGAUCCUGAAACUUUAUUACCGUCGUAUGUAAACGUGGCGUUAGAGAAGGGAAGCCCAACGAGUACUAGACGUUCUUCCGAUUUUCUAGAUCCCGAAAACCAUAAAGACAAUGAUGAUAAUUCGCAAGAAGUGCACUCAUCAGAAGCAACCAUUUAUUUGAACUUGACAAAAAAAUGAACAAAGAAAAAAAAAUGAUGUAAAUACGUAAUUAAAUGAUUCUGAGAAUGUCAGUCAAGAUAUUUAGAAUUCCCCCAAUACACAAAAUAAUUAAAAAUCAAA